AUGGGUAAAGUCCACGGAUCGCUCGCUCGUGCCGGUAAGGUCAAGAGUGCCACUCCCAAGGUCGAGAAGCAAGAGAAGGCCAAGACUCCUAAGGGCCGCGCCCGCAAGAGGAUCGUCUACACUCGCCGUUUCGUCAAUGUCACCAUGACCGGUGGCAAGCGCAAGAUGAACCCCAACCCUAGCUCGUAA